AGAAAAAGGCGGAUUCUCACAUAAUAGUGUUCCAGAGCUCUCUGAGAGUAAGCAUUUGGCAGCGAGAGAUUGGGAGAGAAACAAACCUCACAACCCUCUCUCUCUCUCUAUCACUUUGCUUUCUUCUCCCAAAAAUCAACCCUCUCCAAACCUCCGAUCUCUCUCCCAUGGCGUUCUCCGAUAAAUCCUCGCGUCAAUCUCUAAUUCCUAGCUUCCUUUACUCUUCUACCUCCACCAAGGCCAUGGCCGUCGAGAAAAUGCUCCAAUCUCGACCUACCACCGCCGUCUCACCACCCGACGUCGAAGCCGUAGCUCCAAGGAAAGCCUUCGUUGUUCCUUCUCCGGCCGAGUCUGGUUUGAAGAUCGAGAUGUACUCCCCCGCUUUCUACGCCGCCUGUACCGCCGGGGGAAUCCUUAGCUGUGGACUCACUCACAUGUCCGUCACUCCUCUUGACCUUGUCAAGUGUAAUAUGCAGAUUGACCCUGCCAAGUACAAAAGUAUUUCAUCCGGUUUUGGAAUUCUUCUCAAGGAGCAGGGUGUCAGGGGAUUCUUCAGGGGAUGGGUGCCUACUCUACUUGGUUACAGUGCACAGGGUGCUUGCAAGUUUGGAUUCUAUGAAUUUUUCAAGAAGUACUACUCUGACAUUGCUGGGCCAGAGUAUGCUGCCAAGUACAAGACUUUGAUCUACCUUGCUGGUUCUGCAUCUGCUGAGGUGAUAGCAGAUAUUGCUCUCUGCCCCUUCGAGGCUGUGAAGGUCCGUGUUCAAACUCAACCUGGAUUUGCUCGUGGUUUGUCAGAUGGGCUUCCCAAGUUUGUGAAAUCUGAAGGCGCACUAGGGUUGUACAAGGGUAUUGUUCCACUCUGGGGUCGUCAAAUUCCAUACACUAUGAUGAAGUUUGCAUCCUUUGAGACCAUUGUCGAGAUGAUCUACAAAUAUGGUAUUCCUACACCAAAGGAUCAAUGCAGCAAAGAACUUCAGCUCGGUGUGAGUUUCGCUGGUGGAUACGUUGCUGGUGUUUUCUGUGCUAUUGUGUCUCAUCCUGCUGACAAUCUCGUCUCUUUCUUGAACAACGCCAAAGGAGCAACUGUUGGUGAUGCUGUGAAGAAGAUGGGUAUGUUGGGUCUCUUUACCCGAGGACUUCCUCUUCGUAUUGUCAUGAUCGGAACUCUAACCGGAGCCCAAUGGGGUAUCUAUGAUGCAUUCAAAGUUUUCGUGGGACUGCCAACAACCGGUGGCGUUUCUCCUGCUGCCCCUUCUCCAACAGAGCUUGCCAAGGCUUAAUAAAAUAAGAUGUUCGAAUGGUCACAAAAUCAUAUAGUGGUUUUUAUUUGUUUCAUGGAACUGAGAAAAAACAUCGUUUCAAGGAAUUAAAAAUAAACGUAGGGGGGUUUUGGGUUGGGUUGCUGAAGCUGCUGCUUGAAAUGGUGGCUCAGAAGGCUUCUCUAGGGAGAAUCAUCUUUUGAAGUGGGAGGUUCUCUCCAAUUUUUUCCAUUUUGACUCUAUUUUUUGUCUUUUUCUUUCAGAAGGUAGUUUUGUUCUUACCCUUCUGAGAAAAACUCUCUAGUUGUAGAUGAUCAAAAAUAUGAAUUUGGAGUUUUAUGUCAGGAUUAUUAUUUUGGACCCCCUUAGAUAGUCGGCAAACAAAAAAUAAGAGGAAAUUUGGGGGUUGAUUUAUUUUCUAUUUAAAGAAGUUUGGUUGGGCAUGGGAUCUAUGCCUUAAUUCUCUA